GCGCAUUCAGGUGCUCCACCAACCUUCCUGACCUCCUCGCCCUAUACAUAUGUCUACAGCACUCUCUCCAGCCCACGCAUCGUUCGUCGAGAGCGUAGAGUACAGCACAAUGGCGCCUAGCACUCGUAGGGCCAAUGCCAUCCUCGUCGUGGUGAUGCUCCUCGCGGCUGCCAUGGCAGCGCUGGCAGCCGACGUGCUGGUCGCCGAGGCGGCGGCUGAGGUGUCGUGCGGGGACGCGGUGAGCGCGCUGAUCCCGUGCGGGUCGUUCCUGGUGGGCGCCGUCGCCGGGGCGCCGAGCGAGAGCUGCUGCCGCGGCGCGCAGGGGCUGCGGAGGACGGCGGGCACGCCAGGCGCGCGGCGCGCGCUCUGCAGGUGCCUGGAGCAGUCCGGCCCGUCCUUCGGCGUGCUCCCGGACCGCGCCCGGCAGCUACCCGCGCUCUGCAAGCUCGGCAUCUCCAUCCCCGUCAGCCCCCACACCGACUGCGACAAGAUACAGUGAGCGACCGAUCGGCGGGCGAACUGAUGGUCCGACGCAUGCACGCGGGUGGCGUGAAGUGAUGGCACGAAGUGUUCGAUGGAGGAGUUCAUGGCUGAAUAAAUUGCUAAACAGUAUAACACAGCUACCUAGAACCCCUCACAGCGAUUUAAUAUUUCUGGCCGUCAGAUCAGGCUAAUGACGUUCGAGAUGGGUCUAUCCUGCCACAAGGUGCCUAUGGUCGUUUUGGCUCACCGUAGCAGGCCGCUGCUCCGCAUAGCGAUCUGGGAAUCCUCUCAUUAAUCAGGCCGGCUGAACGGGACAACCUACGUAGGCCCAAAAAUGGAUGGUUGAGGCCCAUAGCGUUCAUCCCUUGCCUCUUCGUCUCUCCGGAACCGGCGUUCUUCAUGCGUUCCUCAGCACUGUCGCGACGCGAUAUGUGGCUGUUGUUCUGCUCAUCUCCUCAGAUCCUCGACUUAUGAAUCAGCCUAGGUCCUUUCUUCUUUUCACCAAUACGGCGAUCGUCUCCUCUGGAUCUGGUCCGCGAGCUGCUUAGUUUCAACCAUGCGGCACCGACCCACGCUGUCAGUGUCCUUCUCCAGCUUUCCUCGGCGUGCAUGGGCCUCCAUGUUGUUCCCUGUUUCCCAUAGAUGAGGAGACGAAUUGUUCAAUGUAUAAUCUGUCAUCUAGGAGCAGGGAGUGGCUUGGCGAUGAUACAAAGAGUUGUCAAGCGGUGACCAACAUGUCCACUUGACUUUCCUUUCUUUUUUUGGGUUUUAUGUUGGUCCACCCCUGUUGCUUCACUCCUCGUUGAGCUCUUUCAGUGUUUUCUUAUAACCCUGUUCGAUCUUUUAAUAUGCCUUUUCUGAUUUGCCUUUUAGCAGGUUUCAGAGUUUGCGUAAUUUAGAACAGAAUCAUCAAACAAGUGAAGACUGAAGAACGGAGCACCUGAUAUUGGAAAAGUCCAACCUUAUGUCAAGUUCCUGAUAGUAAAGUUUCAGGUUGCAAACCGUGCUCAAAAGAUAGAGAGCUAAAUCCAAGGGUAAGCCAUCACAUUUUGAAACCAAUGAUCAAACUGGAGCCAUCGCUCAACAUUUGUACCAAUUUCACUUGCCUUCAGAAGAUCUGGUACAACAUGAAUUUGUUUUUCCCUUGA